GGAAAUAAAUAAUCCAAAAACAACGUCCGUUAAACCCGAACCGCGGCCGGGAUCCAUAUUUUAUUUUUGAGCGUUGGUUGGCAAAAUCAAAAACCCUAUCCUUCCCUAAACUAUGGCCAGAAGCAGUCGAAGCAAAAGAAGAUCCGACGACGAUUCCGCUUCGGAGUCCGAAUCAGACGAGACCGACAGACCAGAAUCUUCCCCUGACAAACGCUCCAGCAAACGUAGCAGGGAUCGAACUCGUCGCAGUAAAAGCAAAAGCAGCCGUCAUAGCCAUAGCCGAAGCCGUCGCGACCAUGACCCCGACGAUGAUUUUUCCGGUGACGACAGCGAAGGAAGCGAUCGAGGCCAUAGUAAGAAGAAGAGGUCUUCCAGAAACAUCACGGAGGAGGAAAUCGCUGAAUAUAUGGCCAAGAAAGCUCAAAAGAAGGCAAUGCGAGCUGCGAAGAAAUUGAAAGCGCAAACAGUGUCGGGUUAUGUUAGAACCCAGGCAAGUAAUAAAAUUUCAAAAUUUGCGGAUUAUAAAGAUUUGCUAAUUGGCACAAGUGAAGUACCUCUUACUUUACCACUGAUCAGAUUUGUGUGGCGGAAGAAAAUUGAGCGUGAUGUUGCCCAAGGAGUACCGUUGGACACUUUUUCAGUGAAAGCUGAGAAGAAGAGACAGAAAGAAAGAAUGGCUGAGAUUGAAAAGGUUAAAAAGAGAAGAGAGGAAAGGGCAGUUGAGAAAGCACAACAUGAGGAAGAAAUGGCUUUGUUAGCUAGAGAACGUGCUCGAGCUGAGUUCCAAGAUUGGGAGAAGAAAGAGGAGGAGUUUCAUUUUGAUCAAAGCAAAGUCAGAUCAGAGAUUAGAUUGCGUGAAGGCCGUAUGAAGUCUAUUGAUGUUUUGUCCAAGCACCUUAAUGGCUCAGAUGAUAUGGAUAUAGAGCUAAAUGAACCAUACAUGGUUUUUAAGGGCUUGACAGUCAAAGAGAUGGAAGAGCUUCGUGAUGACAUCAAAAUGCAUCUUGAUUUGGACAGGGCAACUCCAACACACAUAGAGUACUGGGAGGCGCUUAUGGUGGUAUGUGAUUGGGAGUUAGCUGAAGCCCAGAAGAAGGAUGCACUUGAUCGAGCUAGGGUGCGUGGGGAGGAACCUCCAGCAGAGUUGCUGGUAGAAGAAAGAGGUCUGCAUUCUAGUAUUGAAGCAGAUGUCAAGAAUCUCUUGGAAGGGAAGACCCAUCAUGAGCUGGAGGCAUUACAAUCCCAGAUUGAGUCACAGAUGCGUACUGGCACGGCAAAGGUUGUUGAGUAUUGGGAGGCUGUUCUUAAACGUCUUCAUAUUUUCAAAGCAAAGGCCUGUUUGAAGGAAAUACAUGCUAAAAUGCUGCGUAAACAUUUACAACGCCUUGAGCAACCUUCAGAAGGUGAAGAUAGACCGGAAUCUCAUCAUGGUUUAAGAUCUGGAGAGGAGGAUAGUGAUCAUGAUGUGAAAGAUGUUGAAACAUAUUCUCCAGAACCCAUACUACAAGAAGAGACAUAUGAGGUGGAAGAGGAGGCUGGAUCAUUUUCACCAGAACUGUUGCAUGGUGAUGAAAAUGAAGAAGCUAUUGACCCUGAAGAGGACAGGGCUAUACUGGAAAGGAAACGUAUGGCUGUGUUAGAGGAGCAGCAAAGACGGAUGCAAGAAGCUAUGGCGGCAAAACCUGCCCCUUCAGAAGAUAACUUUGAGCUAAAAGCCAUGAAAGCUAUGGGAGCAAUGGAGGAGGGAGAUGCAGUAUUUGGCUCUGGUGCUGAAGUAAACUUGGACUCGCAGGUGUAUUGGUGGCACGACAAAUACCGACCUAGAAAACCAAAAUAUUUCAACCGUGUUCACACUGGAUAUGAGUGGAACAAGUACAACCAGACCCAUUAUGAUCAUGACAAUCCACCUCCUAAAAUCGUGCAAGGAUAUAAGUUUAAUAUCUUCUACCCAGACCUUGUCGACAAGACAAAGGCUCCUGCAUUUACUAUUGAGAAGGAUGGAAAUAGUACAGAGACAUGCAUCAUAAGGUUCCAUGCUGGGCCACCCUACGAGGACAUUGCUUUCCGGAUUGUAAACAAAGAGUGGGAGUAUUCUCAUAAGAAGGGAUUUAAAUGCACAUUCGAACGUGGAAUUUUGCAUGUAUAUUUUAACUUCAAGCGCUAUCGCUACCGUAGGUGAUAUGUUGCUUUUUUUGCAACUUCGGCAUUUGAAACUGUUUAACUGCCUAACCCAAGAUAACCAUUAUAGUAGUUCAUGUAACAGAUUUUGUUCUAUUACUAAAAAAAAAACUAUGUGAAUAGUAACUAUACUCAUUUUUCCCCCAUAGUGGGCUGGAUUUUUCCUCUUCUCAUCACUUUCAGUUUGAGUAAUAUAUUUCCAUUGGCCUCUGCCCUCA